AAGGCAGAAGCAAAAGCGAAAAAACAAGAGACAAAAAGCACAACCAGGAAUUAUUCUAAAUAUGGGUCACAUACGGUGUUAGUCAUGUAACAUAAAGAUGCUAUCGAUGAGUGGCAAAACCCUGCCAUGUGUUUGACAGAAAUGUUUGAAGCUAUAACAGCAUAAUGCACCAUAAAGUUAACCCUUGGUCAGCGUAUAUUUAACCUCGGGUAAUAUUAAUACAAUGUAAACUGUUUUGUCUAUCUAUACCGAGAAAUAUUACCCGAGGUCAAAAGUAUAAACCGAGCUUGCGGGGUCGAUACGCUGGCCGAGGGUAACAUUUCUCGGAAGAGAUAGUGAAACAGUUUAUAUUGCAUUUAUUAAACUGAUAGCUAUCUUGUUUCGGUUUGUAGAAACCAGGAUUAUUUUCUAAAGAUAUACUUGUAAAGAGAUUGUAAAAACCAGGCUUUGAUACAGUUAACUCCCGGUAACUUGAACCUUCAAGGGACCAGAGAAAACAGCUUGACUUAAUGAGUUCGACUUAAGCAAAGAUCCCGUUAAUUCAAACUUAGACAAAAAUAAGAUAUUAGUUCAAGUUAAGGCGAUCCACCUGACGCUUUAAAAUUUGUAAGGUCAAAACUUUAGGAAUUUGAAGAACCUUUUUCAAUUUAUAUGUUAUGGACUUGCCCCAGAAUGUGACCUCCAACACGUUACAAUAUGCUGAUGAUACGACCUUAUAUAAACAUCGCAAAGUUUCUAAUUUAAAAACUUGUGCACAAACUCUUCAACAGGACCAAAACCUCUCAGAUUGGUCAAAUGAACAAAACCUUCUUUUUAAUAAUUCCAAGACUAAACUUAUGCUGUGUUCGUCAUCUGCUAUGAGUAGAACACAUAGCCUUGACCAAACAAUAGAAAGUAAUGUGUGCCAUAACAAUACGUCAAAAAUCUUGGGUUUACACUUCGACGAACACUUAACCUGGAAGGAACAUGUGACAAAGACAACACAAUCGUCAUAUUUAUUGUCGAAAUUAAAUUUUAAUAACGUUGUUUAUGGUCAAUUACCUAAAUAUCUAGUGAACCGACUGCAAAGAGUACAAAAUGUUGCUGCUUCAUAUGUUACUGGAAGAUACGUAAGUCUGAAUGACAUCAUUGAUCUGGGUUGGUUACCGGUGAAAGAAAAUUUCGACUUCGCUACUGUGAAACUUGCGCAUAAUGCAAUGCAUGACAAAAACUGGCGGAGCUAUUUACCAUUGUGA